AGCUACGCCAUUCACGUACAUGUUACGUUAUUUUUGUGGCGGAACGGCCGCCGCCACUCUCCUCUGUACGCUUUAGUCGUUAGAGAGCCACCUCUUGGCAGCAGGUGAGGUCAAAUGCAGAGGAAAGGAGCGGAAGAGCUUUGCUGACAGGUGGAUUUAAACAUUUUAGCUACCAGGGAACAAAUGGACGACAACAAAACGGCACUGGUCGAGAGCCUCAUCAUAUGGCUGCAGACCUUUAACACUCCUGCACCCUGCAGAACAGUGGAGGAGCUGACCACUGGAGCGGCAAUAUCACAGGCACUGCAUAAGAUAGAUCCUGCGUGGUUCACUGAUGGCUGGCUCGGUCGUAUCAAAACAGAUGUUGAGGACAACUGGAGACUGAAGAUGAACAACCUGAAGAAGAUCCUACAGAUGGUGGUUGAUUAUUAUAAUGAGGUCUUAGGCCAGGAGAUCUCAGACUUCCCUUUGCCAGAUCUGGCACUGGUGGCUGAGCACUCAAACCCUGUGGAGCUGGGGAGGCUGCUGCAGCUCAUACUGGGCUGUGCUGUCAGAUGUGAGCGUAAACAAGAAUACAUUCAGAUCAUCAUGACUUUGGAAGAGUCUGUGCAGCAUGUUGUCAUGACAGCAAUCCAGGAGCUCAUGAGUAAAGAGACCAUGGCCCCAUUUGGAGCAGAGCUGUCAGGGGACUUGGAACAACAGUUAAAAAAAGCCCUCGAGGACCUGACUGAACUUUUAGCAGAGAAGGAGGCAUUAGCCCAACGCUGUCAAGAGCUGGACAUACAGGUGGCUGUUCUUCAAGAGGAACGAAACAGCUUAUUGGCUGAGAAUGACGUCCUAACUGACCGGGCCAAUCAGCUCGACACAUUCGAUGACCCUAGCACACCCUCAGGAAGAAAACACAGCCAGCUACAGCAACAGCUGGAGACACUGCAGGAGGAGAACUUCAGGCUGGAGGCUGCUAAGGAUGACUACCGGAUCCACUGUGAAGAGUUGGAGAAGCAGCUGAUUGAGGUUCAGCACCGUAAUGAUGAGCUCACCAGCCUGGCAGAAGAAUCUCGAGCACUCAAAGAUGAACUGGACGUUCUCAGGAACUGCUCAGAUCGAGUGGUGAUGCUGGAGGCCUCAGUGGAAACGUACAAGCGUAAACUGGAGAAUCUGGGCGAUCUGAAGAGGCAGAUGAAGCUGCUGGAGGAGAAUAACAUGACCUACAUGCACAACACUGUCAGCUUGGAGGAAGAGCUACGCAAGGCCAACGCUGCCCGCGCGCAGCUCGAGACAUACAAGAGACAGGUCCAGGAGCUACACAGGAAGUUGUCUGAGGAGACGAGGCGAGCAGAUAACCUCGACUUUGAGAUGAAGAAGUUGGAGGAGAAGCAUGAAGCUGUGAUGAAAGAGAGAGAGAGGAUCAUCAUCGAAAGAGAUUCUCUGAAGGAGAUCAAUGAGGAACUACGAUGCACUCAGGCUCAACAACACCAGCUCUCCCAAGCCGGGAUGCUUUCCUCUGGCAGCCCCAGCCAUGAUAACCUGGCAGCUGAAUUAAUACCCAUUGAGUACAGAGAAAAGUUCAUUAGGCUGCAGCAUGAGAAUAAGAUGCUGAGAGUGCAGCAGGAGGAAUGUGAGCGGGAGAAGAUCGCUGCUCUGCAGGCUCAGCUGGAGGAGGCACACAAGACACGCAGUGAACUGGACACUGAGAACAGAUUGAGCCGAGAGCAGGUCAGCGAGCUGCAGCAGCAGGUGGAGGACCUCCAGAAGGCUCUGCAGAGUCAGGCAGCCAAACCUGAUGAUUCAAACCUGAAGCGGAAACUUGACGCACACAUGGUGCAGCUGAAUGAGGCUCAGGAUGAAAUCAUGAAGAAGAAAGAGUUGCUGGAAGACCUUCAGCCUGACAACACUCAGACCUCCUUGAAGGUGGAUGAGCUGAUGGCCGCUCUGAAGAAGAAGGAUGAUGACAUGCGGGCAAUGGAAGAGAGGUACAAAAUGUACCUAGAGAAAGCUCGCAAUGUGAUCCGGGCGCUGGACCCUAAAUUGAAUCCAGCCACUGCUGAGAUCCAGGCUCUGAGGAACCAGCUGGCAGACCGGGACAAGCAGAUUCUCAGCCUGGAACGUCAAUGUGAGCAGGCCAGGCUGAGAGAGUAUGAGGAGAAGCUCAUUGUCACAGCGUGGUAUAACAAGAGUCUGAACUUUCAGAAGCUGGCGAUUGAAUCACGCCUCGGUGGCCGCACUUCCUCCGUGCUGUCCCCUGGCCAGUCCUUCUUGUCUCAGCAGAGGCAAGUCUCAAACGCCCCACGUCGGGCGCUUUCCAUCAGUGUGCCUGCCACUACCUCCAAAUAAGCCUCAUUAUGGAGCCAAAUGUCUCACUGUUAUUCAGUGAAGGGAAAAAAAUACCCUCCCACAAGUGAGCACUCAAGUGGCCUUAAACGCAUCUGCUCUCAGCGCUCGGGGAGGGGGGUCACAGAUGAGCUGAUUGGUAACAAUGAGCACCUACUUAUCAAACAUGGCCCGGCUAGUCACCCACCUGCAGUUAGAACAUCCCACAACACACUGGUUACAAGCUGACCUUGCAUAGAGCGUUUACCCACAACCUGUGUUCACCUCACUAGCUAAAGUAGCACACAUGGUCCCUACCAUAGACUUAGAGCAUACUUCAUACUGCUCUGUGCUUUUGCUUUAUCGAUCGCAGUCUCAUUUGAACACUUGCUAUCAUCAAUUUAGCCUUCACUCUCUUAUAUCCUGUCAUACUUGGUCAGGAAUGAAAGAAAUGUACAUGACCACUUAAUGAUUUUAUUCAGAAUUGGAGCCUGUAGAAUAUAUGAAUGUGAUAUUUUUUUUAAGGGUUACUUGAAUGUUAAUGCCAACUUAAUGUAACUUCAGAUGAUGAUUGUUGACGUAUGUACAAUUGAACCAUUAUACUAUGCAGUGAAGGAGGUACGGUUUGUCAUCCAGCAGACUGAUAAAAACACAAAUAUGCUUUAGAUGUCUUUAGGAAAAUGAUUGCUAUAUUUGGUGCUGGCCACCAACUGCUUUUAGGCAUCAAACAUCAGGCACUUAAUUUUUUUUUUUUUUACUCAAAUGGAACAAGCCCAUCAUUUAAAGCUGUGAAAAUCCUACAAGUCAUAUUAACUGAUCAACCUCUGAGGUGCUGCAACGACAAAUCUUACAAAAAUAAAUCCAGGACUAGUGUAUUUCCUAAAGUGUGAUUUGAGUUUCUUACUGGCAGCAUGCUCUGAAUGAAAACUGGCAGGACUUUCUAUUCACUGAAUCUUAUUUAGUGGUGAAUAAUCAAGACUAUAAUCUAUGAAGUUGUACAGCUGUAAUGUAAAAAUGAUUUUAACACCAGCUUUUGAUCCAAAUGUUGGGACCAGGUUCAGCAGUCAUACAGUACCUGCAAAUUGUAACUUGAGAAUUUUGAUUACUGUAGUCAAUAAUGUAUUUAAUCAUGUUUUCAGGCUAUGUAGUUGAGAGUGAGGAGCGCUUUAGAAAAGUUGUUCUCUUUGAUAUUGUGGGAUAUUGGCUGUCUGAUUUCAUUGAGUCUUAAAUAUCACUAGUUUCACAAUAUGAAAUGGCUCUUGUUUGCUUUGUUACUCUGUUUGCAAUAACACUAAAUGGGCAUUCUGUCAUCAUGGUUUUGCCAUUUGUGAUCUACAGACAUGUGUCAAAGCGCUUUUAUUUUACUUUGCAGUGGAUGAUUCUUGUAGAUUGCUGAUUUAAAAGCAGUGUCAUUUAUUUAAAAAUAAGAAGUACGAUCAAUCGUAGCACAGCACAGAAUGUGUAGUGUCAUAUGUUUGUGUAUAAAUGAAGAAAAGUGAGAAAGGCAUUGUGAAUUUUCAGGAAUUGCGGAACUAAAAAAUGUCUUUGUUCUUUGGUUUUCUUGUGAAUAAAUAAAAAAAUAAAUCCUUUUUUUGAAAAAAAAGAAAAAAAAAGAAAUCUGUCUCACA